CAAAUAUGAUAUAAACAAGUCCUUACAAGUUUAAGAGCAAACCUGAAUUGUAACAACAUGCUUGGUUAUGUCCAGCCCAUCGUCUUUGCCACCGGCCCUGGCUCCUUAUAUAUUCAUGCUGCCCACAACGAUCUUCUACUUUCCUAUUAUUGAAAAAAUAUUGUAUGAUUUCAAAAUACUUUGUUUCUCUCUUGUUGUUCAUAUCUCUCUCACAUCUUUUAUUGUCAAUGUCACAACCACUUUCAUUUGUUUUGUUUUGGACCCUCCAACAUAAGAAUUCUAGCACUUAUAUUUGUUUUGUUUUUAUUUUAGAAAGAGGAAUUUUUUUCAAAUGCAUCUUUAUAGACUAUAGUAGUGGUACGUAUAAUUUUUGUUUUAUUGGCAUUGGGUUAAUAGGUUAGGGCAUUUUGCUACAAAAGGUGAGGAAAAAAAAGGGAAAAUGAUUAGCUGCUAAACGAUCUCCUGGAGAAGUGAUUACGACAAUGCAUUGCCCAAUUUUGGCGGUAGUCUAUAAAUAAGGCGGAGCGGUUCAAAUCAAAUUCUCUAAAGAAUUUAAAUGCCAUGGCUGCUUCAAUUUCUGUAAUUGGUUCAGCGAUUUUCCAGGCUGGUGCAAACCCAAAUUUGUAUUACUUUGGGUUAAGUCCUUUGGCAUCUGCUGCAAAAGAAGGCGAUACAAAAUUUCUUAAGUGUUUGCUUGAAGCUAAAGCAGAUCCAAAUGCAUUUCAAUCAGUUAAAUUCUAUGUUUCUCUUUAUUUACUUUGCUAUGAUUCAUCUUCUACUUAUGAUAUCUUCAGCCUCUCUUGUUGCAGACAUCCUUCUUUAAAACCAAUGAACCGUCGUUUAAUCUUGUAGAUGAAUGUUAUCAACUGGACACUUAUUGUAUUGAUAAUGACGACUCACAAGAUAUUAUUAAACCUAUUGAGGAUGCUGCCAUGGUGCGUAAUCGUGCAGCUGUGGAUAUUUUGUUUCCAGUGACUGCACGGCUUCCACAUUAUCCAAAUUAGACCGUUGAUGGCAUCAUGGAGUACAUUCAUUCUGAAGAAUUUAAAACAAAGAUGGAGAAGAGAAUGAGAAUCUGCUUGGCAGUAUUGGACCUCAGAGGGGAGCAGGAUGCGAGCAAUAAGGAAUACAACCAUUCCAUCGUAAACUAUAGAAUGGCUACACAGCUUGAACCAUCAAACCCUACAUGGGUAAUAAAACGAAGCUUGUGCGAAGCGCGCAUGGGUCUACGCAAUCAUGCUCUGGUUGAUGCUCAGAAAUGCAUUAGACUGAAGCCAGACUUGCCAGUCCCUUACCAUGGAGAAAUUGCUAAUGAGAUAGUCAAGAAAUUCCUCAUGCCAUGCCUUGCCUUGCCUUGCCUUGCCUUGCCUUCUCGUUGGAACCUCACAGCAUGGAAACCGGUGAUGCAUUUAGAGUUAGUUUGUUUGACUACUUUGUUUGGUUGAGUCAGAUGAGUUGAGUUGUACCAUUCUAUUGUAGAGUAACAUUCAUUGAUUCAUAAUCCAUUGCACAUAUUGUUUAGCAAUGUAGAAUUUCCCCAUAUAUUGUAGAUGAUAAUAUUCAAUUAUCAGAGUCAUAUAGUCAUCUACAUUGAAUUUGA